CGUUCCGAUUGGCGCAGCACGGAGCGACCUGCUCCUCCCCGCGUGGGGCAGGGGACACAGGGAGCCGGGCUUGGGGUUAGCGGCGGUUAGUGGCCGUUGGGGCUCGGGGCGGCGUGCGAUGGUUCCGUUGCUGCUCCUGUGCGCGGCGGCGCUGCCGCUGGUGGCCCGUGGGGCCAUCCCGGCGCCGGAGGAGGCGGCGCGCAUGGCGCGCUUCGUGCUGCACAACUGCGACUGGGGCGCGCUGGCCACCCUCUCCACGCAGGAGGGGCUUCGCGGUCGCCCCUUCGCCAACAUCUUCUCCCUCAGCGACGGCGCCCCUGGGCCCCACGGCGGCAGCGGCGUCCCCUACCUCUACCUCACCGACCUGGAGAUCUCCGUGCAGGACCUGGAGGUCAAUUCGAAUGCCUCCUUAACUGUGUCUUUGGCACAGACUCCUUACUGCAAGAAGCACAAGUAUGAUCCCCAGAAUCCCCUCUGUGCCCACAUAAUCUUCUGUGGGAAUAUUGUAAAGGUGAAUGAUUCAGAAGCUGGCUUAGCAAAAAAAGCAUUAUUCAGUCGCCACCCUGAGAUGGAAAGUUGGCCUAAGGAUCACAACUGGUUCUUUGCAAAAUUCAACAUCACCAAUAUUUGGGUCCUGGACUACUUUGGUGGAUUGAAAACUGUGACACCAGAAGAAUAUUACAGUGUCAAGCCUUAGUAGUGUCUGGGCAAGAGCCGAGUGGUGAGAGUGAGCUGGGAGAAGCCUUCUGAGAAACUUCUCUUUGCUUGGAAGCGGCGUUGGAGCUCAGACCCUUGCCACGUGACUUAUCUUGAUCCUGCUGACUUGACCUCAGACCUGCCCCACUACUAUGGACCUGUCUGGUGCUCACUGGACUGUGGUUGACCCUUGUUACUGUCACUGGACCUGCUCUGCCCUCGUUCAGAUACUAUGGGACUGCAAACCUUGUUGGUGAGGCCGCUGUCCCACCUGUCUUGCUGUCACUCCCAGCUCCUCUUCCCUGGCAGAGCAGCUGGCCCUUGCAGUUCUGAAACAAUUACUUUUUUCCUGUGGGGAAGCUCAGUCCAUGAGUUUUUCAUGCAGAACGCUUGGAGUUGAUCCCAAAGCUUUUUGAGUGAAGAACUUCUGUGCCUGGAGAGAGAAUUUCUGUCUCGAAUAUUACAGUGUAACAAGAUUAGAGUGUUAGGCUCAUUUAUUCUGGCUAUAGUAGUUAACACUGUUAUUUGUAUCCUGUUUUUCUGUGGAAACAAGGCUUAGGUAGUAGCCAUUUGUCUGCACAUUUGUUUCUGUCAGUUUCCAUGCUUAUUUUUAGUUAGAUUCAGAUUUGAAACAGGUAGUGACCUUGAAGCUAGGUAGACCCUAUACAUGUCAUGAAAAUUGGGAGCUCAGUAGAGGACACAAACCCCAGUUCCUGUCUCACUCAGGGAAAGAUGACCACAACUCAGCUCUGUUUCUGUAGGUAAUAGUCAGCUGGCUAGCCAGCUCUUAAAGUACAAGCUAAUUGCUAGUUACCCAGCCAGAGGAUAUGAAUGGGUGUUUGGAGUUGUGAGGAAAGGGAACACUGAGUGUAUGAAAGAUAUUAAAAGAUGAGAUAUUAAAAGGUGAGUAUGAGAUAUUAGAAGUAUGAAAGCUUUUUUUUUUUUUUUUUUUUUUUUUAAGAAGUUGGACUUCACUAAUUAUGCUGGUUGCAAAGCAACUUAGAGUCUUUUGGUUGAUUGAGACCAAGCAUGCAGUUAGUAUCUGAAGUGAUUACAUUUCAUAGUCUUAGUGGGUGUUUUCUUUUUAUUCAAGGAUGUAGUUGCUGUGGUGAUGAUUCUCAAUUGUUUUUUCUCUAGAUUUUCAUAUUGUUGAUAGAAAGCCUUAACAAUUCCCAGUUUACUCUUUGCUUCUAACUCCUUAACAGCUGUUAGACUCACUUUUGCAUGUAAUUUCUCCAGUUCAGACAAAAUAGGUGGUACAUUUAUGGUGGCACAUCCAACAACUGCAGCAGGUAUUGUUGGGGUGGGGGGGGAAGGAGUCUCUCCCUCAACCUUAGUGGGUUGUCAGUGUACCCACAAAGGUCUGGAACUAUUUUAUGCUGGUUUGGAUACUGCCACUGACUCAAGUUGUAACCUUACCCAUUUUGUCCCACCCAGCCCCCUUUUCCACUCUAUAAAAAUGUAAAUACAUCUCAGUUUUGCAGGAAUCAUAUAAACUAUUUGUAAAUCAUCUCAGUAUUUCUAGAUGAGAGGAAUAUUUUUAAAAACAAGAUGACUUCUGGUAAUCACAAACACAGGGUAACUUGACAAAGCCAUGAAGAGGAUGUGUGUGUGUGUGUGUGUAUAUAUAUAUGUAUGUAUGUAUGCAUGCAAAUAUGAGAAAGACAGACUUUCAAAAGUUACUGGGCUGUAUGUAAGUAAUCAUGUACAUAAGCAUAUAUAUCAUAUAAAAAAAUGCUUUUUAUUUCUGUAGUGUUUUAUGCCAAUGGAACCUAUUAAACAUCAUCCAGUAUUACAAGGUAA